AUGAUGGCCGAAGAUUCUCUCGCCGUACAGCUCGCAGAAAUUGAUUCUAAGGCCGCGGCGGAACAAGAAAUUUUGGAGCGUAGGCUCAAGAUCCUAGAGGACAACAAAUUAGCGGAAUCAAACGCACGAGCAGCAGAGGGAGAAGGAGAGAGAGACGAAGUUCAGGGAGGUCAAGACGACUCCGACAGCAUCAAGAAGAGGUCUGGGUCACCGUCGACACAAGAAUUGACCCAUGCUACCGUCACUGGCCGACAGAAGGAGGAAAAACGCUCGCCCCCCGCAUCGCCUACGGCAGCCGCAGCCAGCAAGGGAAACAAGAAGAACGCAGGCGGCGUUAAAAAGAGCAAGGCACAACAGUUUGCCGAGAAGCAGGAAGCCGAGCGACGAGCGAAGGAGGAGGAGGAGGAGAGGCAGCGGCGGGAGGCCGAGGAGGCGGAGGAGGCGUUGAGGAAACAGCCCAAGAGCAAGGUGGACCAGGUCAGGGGCCUCUUGACGAGCAAGCUGUCGGAGCGGGUCGAGCUCUGCGAAGAGCUGCUGGUGCUGCUGAGAAGAGCACAGAAGAAGGCGCUGGAAGACGAUUCUCCCGAGAAGGCAUUGGCCGACCCGACCACCCGUCCGUCCGAGCGGCAGGGCAAGCACGACCAGCUGCUAGCAGACCGCCAAAAAGCUCUGGACAGCAUCGCGCAGAGGAUCGCCGAGGCCGAGGCGAAGGCCGAGGAGGCUAGGAUAAAGUUCGAGGCGGCCGCCGCCGCCGCCGCCGCCGCCCGUGACGGCGGUGGGAGGGAAGACGGUGGGGCGGUUGCGCCGGCAGGCGGUGCCGGAGAAGGAUGGGCGUCGUACCUAGACGAGGAGUCGGGGAAGUACUACUGGUUCAACGAGCACACCGGGGAGGCCUACUACGAUGAGGGCGAUGGCGCCGCCGCCGGCUGA